AUGGUGGGCGGCCAGAAGCUCGAAGAGAUCAGCCACAAGGACGGCAAGACGUACAUCCAGAUGAUGCUCUUCUCCAAGGUUUCCUACGGCGUCGUCUACACGGAAGAGGUCAAGGGGCUCGGCGCUAGGGAGAGCAACACUCAAAAGUGGCCCGUGAGUCCGUACACGGUGGCCGUGCGGAACAACUCGGGCAAAGGAAACUUCGCCCAGCUAUACGUCGACGGCCAGAAGGGACUGGCAACGGGCGCUGACACAACGGCGGUCGCGGAAAAGUACGUACCCGCCGGCGACAGCGUCAUUUUUGAGGGAAUCCCUACGGAAGAGGGCAUCCAAGAGCUGCUGUUUUCCCUACCCAGGUACACCACCCUGAGGGAAAAGGAAAUCGGUGGACAGUCACUGCCGGACGCAGUAGCGAGCGAGCUCGGGACGAUAAAGGUCGUGUGGCGCGACUGCGCCUUGGUCGGCAAAGAUUUCGCGGACAACUACCGAACGUACGCAGCGGCGAGCUCCUACAAGCAGGCCAACAAGACCGACGCCAAACGCACUGGAGGCGCAGGGGCGGGAGCAGGGGAGGGGGAGAAGUUCGCCUCUACCACAAGGGCGGGCAAGGUGAUCGGGAUGAACGAGGCCAGAUCCUGUGUCGUGAACAGGUACCAGUACGAAGGGGAGCCGUGGUCGGCGACCCUUCUGUACCGCACCAAAGACUACCUCGAGAAGAUAGGUGUGAUACCCAAGGAUACGAGCCCGCAGGAAGUCGCGGAGCGGAGGAGGAAGAGACUCGCGCGGCGCAAGAGGCGCAAGCUGCAGGAAGAGGCGGCGGCGGGGGGAGCCUUCGUUCCCCCGCCAGUCCCGGUGUCUCUGGUGGACGGGCCGCCUCCGGUAGCCGCCGAGGAAGCUGUUCUCUCCUGGCGAAGAGGCUCGUAUGGGUCGGAUAAGGGACCAAUCUGUUGGAGUCACGCAAACAAGCUCUUCUGGCCAGGUGUCGAGCUUGCGCGCGUGCUCAACGCAUAG